CUUCCUCGAGAGACGCAAGCAAGCUCAAGGCCAAGCGCAGGGACCGACAAGAAGACCGAGACCGAGACAGAGCCAUGGGCCGAAGGAAGAAAUCUACCAAGAAGAUCCAGACGCGCAAGAAGCAGGUAGUAUCUACCGUGUUCAAGUGCCCCUUUUGUUCGCACGACGAGGCCGUCGAGUGCAAAAUGGAUCGCGAACGCAACAUUGGCCAUUUGUCUUGCCGUGUAUGUACCGAAAGCUUCCAGACUCCUAUUCACUGUACGACGAUCGAAUAACUGUACUGCUGCACCACCAUGCCGUUGGACACUGACCAUUGCAUGACCUUUAUCUGCAGAUUUGAGCGCACCAAUUGACGUAUACACUGAUUGGAUCGAUGAGUGUGAGGCUCUGAACGCAUAGGCAUAAGGUGCAGCAGCUCCACCCAGCCGCUCCACACUAUCGAAGAUCCUGUAGGGACAUACGACGGCCAGCACGUUUGAACUGAAGUCCGCAGUUAACCCAGCGAGAUGAUCACCCACCGUCCCCAGCUCAAGCUGAGGUUGUUCUGGUUUUACGUUGCGCGAACAUCUUCAGCUAGUCAAGACGGACGCAACGUGAACAAGUUUUAGGUAAAUACAGUAGACAGGGUGGGCUGAGCCAUUGAUGAUUUUGGUAUAGCUCAUGUUGAAGUUUGUGAUCAAGCUGUAAGGAUCCGCUAGCGGUCGGCUUUGUCUUUCUUCUUCUUCUCCUUCUGCUUGCGACGUCGUGCUUCCUCAGCUUCUCGAAGACGUUUGCGGUCCUCCAAUUUACGCACUCUCGCGGCCAGCACUUCACGUCGACGAUUGAACUCUAGCGGGUCAUUGCCACUCUCAGCCAAUUUGUCGAGUUUGCGUUGCUCCUUCGCAAUGGCCAACUCCUCUUCCACAUCGCGAAGUUUUUCGGCCUUGCGUCGCUCACGUGCUGCCUCAGCUUUCGCCAGUUGCUCCUGUUGAGCAGCCUCCUGUUCCGCCAGCUUUCGUUUCGCGAAUUCCUGAGGAUUUUCUUGUUGCAGACGUGCGAGUUCUGCUUCUUCGUCGGCGCGUCUUUGUUCUUGUUGAGUCCGUUGUGCCUCGCCUUCAGCAGCCUGACGACGAGCCUCAGCGCGUUGAGCUGCAAAUGCACGACGCUCGUCCUCCUGUUGCAUAACUAAACACAAGUUAAGCAUACCUGCAUUGAAGAUAAAGUCUCGACCGAGUGUGGAGAACGCUGCGAACUCCAGUGGUGGUCUUUCAACCUCUUCCUCUUGCUUGUCAUUGCCCUCGAACAGGUCAGAGGCAAGAUACCCGAGCAAGAAGUCGAAAACAAAGUCAUCCUGGAAGUAGGCCACUCGUUUUCGAUGAGUUUCAGGAAGUACCUUCCAAAGUUCAGCAAAGACAGCACGGAGACUAGAUCUUAAUUCUUCAGG